AUGCGGUUCCUUACUUAUACUCUCCCCCUCAUUGCAAGUGUAAUAUCCUUGCUGGGGGUUAAUGUGCAAGCUCGAUCGCAAGCCCCCAGUGCUAUCCGACAUGUUUCCACUCUGGACCAUACAACAAUCAAGACGCUCUCGCAUCGGGUCGAUCAUCUGUCCAAUUUCGACAUCGUCUUUCAUCUCCACGAUAAUGACCAGCGGAUCAAGCUCGAGCUUGAGCCGAACCAUGACAUCCUGGCGGAAGAUGCCUACGUGCAGUAUCUUGACGCGGACGGCAAUAUUCGACGGGAAGAGCCCAUUGCGCGACACGAGCACAAGGUCUUCAAGGGGAGGAGUCUGCUCGGUCGAGGCAAGGGCAUGUGGGAUCCCGUCGGAUGGACGCGGAUUUACUUGAAGCAAGACGGCCCACAGCCACUGUUCGAAGGAGUGUUUAGUGUCAACGGUGACAACCAUCACGUCGAACUCAAAUCCACCUAUCUGGAGAAGAAGCGCGACGAGGAUGUCGACAUUCUGGACACACAAACAGACUAUAUGGUCUUCUACCGGGACUCGGACAUGGUGCGUCUGCAUACAGAACUCAAGCGCUCAUCGCUCGGGUCGACUUCGUGCCAAGCCGAUAAGCUGGGAUUCAACACCGACCCCAAUCACCCUGUCUUGCAAUCCUUCGGUCAGCCAGAUACCAGUACCUGGGGAGGGAUGUCUUUGACGUCGAUGUUCGGCCUCAGCAAGCGGCAAUCGGACAUUGGGAAUGUGACGGGUAAUGCCGGUGGAGUGAACCUGCAGACGACCAUUGGCGAUACUUCGGGCUGCCCCAACACGAAACAGGUCGCUCUGAUUGGCGUUGCAACGGACUGCUCAUUUACUGGUUCCUUUAGCAACGAAACGGCCGCCAGAGAAGCGGUCAUCAGCAUUGUCAACAGUGCCUCCAGUGUUUACGAAAAGGCGUUCAAUAUCACCAUCGGUCUGCGGAAUUUGACAAUCACCGACAGCUCCUGUCCGGACAACCCUCCCGCUGCUACCGCGUGGAAUAUGCCUUGCUCCAGCGGGAACCUUACCUCCCGACUCGACCUCUUCUCCAAGUGGCGCGGAGAGCAAACGGACGACAAUGCCUAUUGGACCCUGAUGAGUGAUUGCGCGACCGGAAACGAGGUCGGACUGUCCUGGCUGGGCCAACUCUGCAAUUCCGAUGCGUCUACGGAUGGCUCCAGUACGGUCAGCGGAACCAACGUCGUCGUUCGUUCCUCCGGCGCGAGCUGGCAAAUCUUUGCGCAUGAAUCCGGCCACACCUUUGGGGCCGUGCACGACUGUGAUUCCCAGACCUGCGCGGAGGAUCUCGAGGCCACGUCGCAGUGCUGCCCGUUGACCUCUUCCACCUGUAACGCGAACGCGAAGUACAUCAUGAACCCGACGACCGGCACGGACAUCACCGCGUUUUCGAAUUGCACCAUCGGCAACAUCUGCUCUGCCUUGGGCGGCAACAGCGUCAAGUCCAGCUGUCUGUCCGCCAACCGCGACGUGACCACGUACACUGGCAGCCAGUGCGGUAACGGGAUCGUCGAGUCUGGUGAAGACUGCGACUGUGGCGGGGAAGAGUCCUGCGGGGACAACCAGUGCUGUGACGCCACGACGUGCAAGUUCAAGUCGGGGGCCGUGUGCGACGAUUCCAACGACAGCUGUUGUUCGAGCUGCCAGUUUGCUGCAGCUGGUACGGUGUGUCGGGCCAGCCGCGGAGCAUGCGAUGAGGCCGAGACCUGCAGCGGCAACUCGAGCACCUGUCCGACGGAUGCGUUUAAGAAAGACGGCACCGACUGCGGCAGCAGUGGCUCGGGACUGAAAUGUGCCAGCGGCCAGUGCACUAGCCGGGACUACCAGUGCCGCAGCGUGAUGGGCACCCUGCUGCACAGCAACGAUACGUAUGCCUGCAGCGCAUUCAGCUCCUCGUGCGAGCUGAUUUGCACGUCGCCAAAAAUUGGCGAAUGCUAUAGCGUCAACCAAAACUUCCUGGACGGCACCCCCUGUGGCGACGGCGGGUCGUGCAGCAACGGCGACUGCAAGGGCCAGAAUGUCGAGUCCUGGAUCAAGAACCACAAGGGCAUCGUCAUCGGCGUGGCCUGCGCCGUGGGGGCUCUGCUCCUCCUUGCCCUCUGCUCCUGCAUCCUGGGGCGCUGUCGCCGGGCGCGCGCGCCCCAGCCCGUGCCGCGUCCAGCAUACGGGGGCUGGACCGGCCCUAUGCCCCCGCCGCCACAGAUGAACCAGUGGCCCGCGCGAGGCUAUCAGGGGCUCGGCAAUGAGCCUCCGCCGCCCUACCCCGGAGCGGCCGGCCAGCCGGUCCCCCAGUACAUGCCCGCGGGGCGAUACGCCUGA